AUGGGAGAUUGGGAAAUGGAGCACCUGCAGUCUUACCUGUGGAGUCGGUUUGCAGACACGAGAUGUCUUCUGUUCUCAUCUACUAUCAAGAGAGACAAACGAGACUGUGAUUUUGGCAGACGAAUUGUGCUAUAAACCUAAGCCAUCCCUUGUGCAAGCAUGUAAUCGCUUUGACUGCCCACCCUCCUGGUAUCACACAGAAUGGGAAGAGUGUUCGCAGACGUGUGGUGGUGGUGUCCAGAAGCGAGAUACACUUUGCAAGCAGCGCCUGGCAGAUGGAAGCUUGUUAGAGCUGCCAGAAACCUUCUGCUCCACACCAAGGCCAGAUACCCAGCAAGCCUGCGAAAAUGAGGAUUGUCCCAAUGAGUGGCUUCUCUCUGAGUGGACACAGUGUUCAGUAAGCUGUGGAGACGGCACACAGAGUCGAAAUGCCAUUUGCAGAAAGAUGCUGAAAACCGGGGGUUCGGUCAUCAUCAAUUCCUCACUGUGCCCACCUUUGCCAUUCUCAUCCUUGAUCAGGCCCUGUGCACUAGGUGCCUGUGCAAGGCGCAACAGGCCAUCUCAUAAGCAAAGCCCCCAUAUUGUGGCUGUCAAGAAAGUUUACAUCCAGACAAGGAAGCAGAGGAAGUUACACUUUAUUGUGGGUGGGUACGCCUACCUGCUGCCCAAAACCUCUGUUAUUCUCCGAUGCCCCACAAGGAGGUUCCAGAAAUCAAUGAUCACUUGGGAGAAGGAUGACAAGAGGCUUAUCAGCUCACCUCACAUCACCAUUGCAUCCUAUGGGUACAUGAAAAUCCAUCGUUUGAAGCCUUCAGACACUGGGACAUACACCUGUACAGCGGGGCCAGUGCGGGAGCAUUUUGUAAUUAAACUAAUUGGAAACAACAAGAAGAUUAUUGCUGGGCAGUCAACUAGUAUUAGGGAGGAAGAGGCCAUGAGAAAGGCGAGCUUAAAUGAAGCCUUGCGAACACAGGAGAAGCAUAUCAAUGGGAUUCCCUUCAAUGGGAGUAAGGCUGAAAAGCAAGGGCACCUUGCUGACCCCAGUAGCUGGUAUGACAAUAUUGUCUCAAGGCUGCUGCAGCACAGGGGCUGGCCACAGGAAAAUCUGGAGUUCUGGGAAGCACAGGAGUCCACAGAGAGAAAUGCAUCCUCAGAGGAGGACCAGAGCCAGGAGUAUAGCCUGCCAUUUACUAUGGUCACAGAGCAGAAACGCUUGGAUGAUAUCAUAAGGAACUUGUCUCAACAGCCUGAGGAGCUUAAAGAUGUCUACACUGAGCAGCUUGUUGUGCAGCUGGCUCAUGAGGUUUUCAAGAGCUACUUGGAACACCAGGAAUCCGUCCUCAGAGCAUCAAGGCGAAGAGUAGAUUCAACCUCAAUGGAAUACCCUCUCAACAGGCACGUUUCUGGAUUUACCAGCUCCCUGAGGACUUCAUCUGCUGAAGCAUUUCUUCCCACCUCUGUAGACCUGGCAAAUGGCUUGCGCAGACCUCAUCGAAAGCCUGCCAUCCUCCGAAAGAUAUCAGCAGCACAACAGCUUUCUGCUUCAGAGGUUGUUACCCACCUGGGACAGACAGUGGUCCUAGCCAGUGGCACACUGAGCGUGCUGCUUCACUGCGAAGCGGUGGGAAACCCAAAGCCCACCAUCAGCUGGGCUAAGAAUGGAGAGGAGGUGAAAUACAAUGAUAGGAUGCUCCUUCAGCCUGAUGACUCCUUGCAGAUUCUAGCGCCCGUGGAAGCCGAUGUGGGUUUCUAUGCUUGCAAUGCAUCCAAUGCCCUGGGAUCUGAUUCUGUCUCCAUUGCUGUCACUCUAUCAGGAAAGCCACUGAUAAAGGCAUCAAGAGCUACUGUGAUCAACACUGAAUCGCCUGCUGUCACUGUUGAUAUUGGAAGCACAGUGAAAACAAUCCAGAGAGCAAAUGUUACCAUUAGCUGCCAAGUCGCAGGUGUUCCUGAAGCAGAAGUUACUUGGUUUAAGAACAAGGUCAAGCUGUCCGCUGCUCACCAUAUGCACGAUGGGUUGCUGCAAAUUGCAAAUGUUUCUCUGUCAGAUCAGGGGUUGUACUCCUGCAAGGCAGCCAAUCAUCGUGGAGAGGUAACUGAAAGCUCCCAGCUGUUGGUUCUUGAGCCUCCACGACCUCUUCCUUACCUAGAAGACUUGUCAGCAGUGCUUUCCAGUGUUGGGACCAGCGUUCAUUCAGUGCUGACCUCUCCUUCAGGAACAAAAAUGACUGUCAGUCCAGGGAGCUCUGCUCUCAUAG